GGGUAUCUCCUCCUCCUGCUCUGGCGUCACGUUCUCUCCUCUACAAAGGCUACAUGGAGACACCGAAACGACCGGGCACGAACAGCUGAGGUCGUCUUGGUUGUCGGCGAUAAGGCGAAACGGAGGCGAAAUGAAGGUGUUCGGAUCACUUUUGAGGUCUGCGAGCAGGUUGGUUGCCCGGCAACAGUCACGGAGGACGAUGUGCUUGUCCGCAUCGCCCAAUAGAAAGUACGAUCCAGGCUUCGGCUUGCUGUUUGACAUCGAUGGGGUUUUGGUACGGGGAAGGACGCCCAUCCCGGCAGCCAAAAAUGCUUUUCACAAGCUGGUGGACUCUAAUGGCCAGUUCAUUGUUCCUGUGGUUUUUGUCACGAAUGCCGGGAACUGUCUGCGGCAAAAGAAAGCCGAUCAGCUGUCUCACAUACUGGGGGUUCCUAUAUCACAAGACCAAGUCAUGUUGUCUCACAGUCCUCUUAAAAUGUUCAGAAAAUAUCAUGACAAGUGUGUGCUGGUAUCAGGACAAGGCCCAGUGCUGGACAUUGCCAAAAACUUGGGCUUUACCCAAGUGGUCAGUAUUGAUAUGGUAAGAGAAUCGUUCCCCCUUCUGGACAUGGUGGACCAUAACCGACGACCAAAAGUGCCGUCCUCUCCUAUUCUGAAUCUCCCUAAAGUUGAAGCUGUGAUCCUCUUUGGAGAGCCAGUUAGGUGGGAGACCAACCUACAGCUAAUUAUCGAUGUCUUACUGACUGGUGGCAAUCUAAGUAACCUGUAUGAAACAUCCCACUCCUCCCACCUGCCUCUCUUAGCAUGUAACAUGGACCUUAUGUGGAUGGCAGAAGCCCAGGCUCCAAGAAUUGGUCACGGCACAUUCAUGGUAUGCCUGGAGAACAUCUACAAGAAGAUCACAGGCCAAGACUUAAAGUACGAGGCGCUCAUGGGAAAACCCAGCGAGCUGACUUAUCAUUAUGCUGAGUAUCUGAUCAGAACACAGGCUGAAGAGAGAGGCUGGAGAUUUCCAAUCACAUCACUCUACGCUGUGGGGGACAACCUCAUGACGGACAUCUACGGUGCUAAUCUUUACAACCGCUACCUCGAGGAACGGUUGGCCAGGAAGUGUGGCAAAGCCAUGCAACAAGCUCUGACCGGCACAGGAUCGUUGGUCCCUCAAGAUGAGGACAUGGACAACGACUGGGAGAGCGAGUUAGCGUCUCCUUCUGCCACAUCCUGCAAGUCCAUCCUGGUGUGUACAGGUGUGUAUAACCCCCACACGGAGCUGCUCAAAGACGCCAACCAGUGCAUCAAAGAGACUGCGUUCCACGGACACCGCGACUUCCGCUUUGAGCCUGCGCUAAUCGAGCCGGGCCAUGUUGUCCAGGAUGUCCACGCUGCUGUCGAACUUAUUUUCGAAAUGGAAAAAUUUCCGACAGGGGUUUAGUCACAUAAAAACACUGAAUACAAGAAGCUUGCGCUUCUUCUCAUUUGUCAUUUCAGGUAACUUUAUUUCAGUAAAUAUCUCAUAGACAGGCGAUAUGUCUGUAAAGCACAACCAGAUACUGGGGUAAAUUAGACACAUAUAGGAACGAUAAAGGCUUACAAGACAAUAACGUCACACUAGGACCAGACAAAAAUACAUGAAUUGGUCUUUUUUUUUUUUUUUUUUUUUUUGAAGUACUGUAUGUUACUGCAAACCUUUUUCCCCCCACAAUUCGCAGUAGCUUAACAAAAAAACAAGCAGAGACCAACUUGGUCAUUUCAGUUAUAAUGCUUAGGUCAGGUUUUAGAAUUUAUUUUAAAGGUAUUGCCUUUAUUUUAUUGUAUUGUAUUUUCUGUUUUAUUAUUUUCAUCUUUAACAAAUAUUUUAAUCCCAAUAAUAAUAAUCAUACAGUGGUACCUCAGCAUACAAAUUUAAUCAGUUGGAAAGAGUAAGGUUUUAAGGCGCAAUUUAUUAUUGUGAAACGCAUUUUCCAAAUGCAUGUAAAUGCAGGUAAUCCGUUCCUGCCACACACAAAAAAUUACCAAUACUACCAAUUUCAACCUUAACUUAUAAUACUUAACCUUAACUUAUAUUACCUCUUGUCACCGACUGCUUUAAAAAACGAAACUGCAGGUGGCUCCGUUUUUUCUUGCUUCAUAACAAUCUUGAGACCCAUGGUGCUAUGUCUUCACUAAAUCAAAAAAAUUAAAUGCAAAAAAAUCUCGCAAAAAAUAUGGAAACUUGCUGCACUUGGCUUUCCACUGAUGCAAACAAGUUUUGAACAGCUUCCAGACCUACUUGCAACCCAGGAGUUCGAGCGACUAGCUCGGUUGCUUGUGUGCCAAAAUUUUAGUUCCUCAGACGACAGUCGAGGUGCUCAUAUGCUAAGGUAACACUGUAAAUAUUAUUAUUAUA